AUGUCGUUCUUUUCUUCACAAAGCCUACCUUUUUGUGAUUAUGUGUUCUUUCAAAUUAAUACAAGACAACUGGCCCCGUUCCUAAAGAUGUACGGCGAGUAUGUCAAGAACUUUGACAGGGCAAUGGGGCUGGUGAGCACAUGGACCCAGCGUUCUCCACAGUUUAGUGAUGUUGUCCACAGCAUCCAAAAGCAAGAGGUGUGUGGGAACUUGACACUGCAGCAUCACAUGCUGGAGCCUGUGCAGAGGGUCCCCCGCUAUGAGCUGCUGCUCAAAGACUACCUAAAGAGGCUCCCCAGGGAUGCCCCGGACCGGAAGGAUGCUGAGAGGUCGCUGGAGCUCAUCUCUACAGCUGCCGACCACUCCAACGCUGCCAUCAGGAAGAUGGAGAAAAUGCACAAGCUCCUGGAGGUGUAUGAGCAGCUGGGUGGGGAAGAGGACAUCGUCAACCCAGCCAAUGAGCUGAUCAAGGAGGGUAACAUCCAGAAACUGUCAGCCAAGAACGGUACCGCUCAGGACCGACACCUCUUCUUGUUCAACAAUGUGAUGCUCUACUGUGUACUCAAACUAAGGCUCAUGGGCCAGAAGUUCAGUGUACGGGAGAAAAUGGACAUCUCUGAUCUCCAGGUGCAAGAUAUUGCAAAACCAAAUGCGGCACGCAUAUUCAUCAUAACAGGAAGAAAAAUGUCCCUGGAGCUUCAGACUCGGACAGAAGAAGAGAAGAAAAAAUGGAUUCAGGUUAUUCAGGCCACCGUGGAGAAGCAUAAACAGAAGAGCGAGACCUUCAGGGCCUUCAGCAGUGCCUGUAGCCAGGAUGAAGAGCCCAGCCUGUCUCCAGACCAGCCUAUCACGAGUGCCAGCUCCGUGGAAACUACGGGGGUAGCCGACAGUACUCUUUAA